AUGUUUUGGUUUUCCUCGCACAAAGGUGAUGGGCAAAAUCAGCAGUGCCUGCUUUCAUACAGAGACGAGCAUGGGACCCUGUUAAGACCACAAACACAACCCACGAUUCACUCGGGUCAGCCAGACAUCGAGGGUGGCUCCAACUUAGUUGAUCGGUCAACAGAGAGCGAGAGUAAGUCACUGGAAAGCCAUCGUCAUUCGGCGGACUUCCCACCAACUUUCCCAUCGCCGACAACCUCGCCUACAAUGAGAAGGAGACGUCUGCCCCAUCGAGCUGGCGCUUCUGCCCCUUACAUUACAGAAUCGUCGAAUUCAGAGGAUAAACCAGGUACUACAAAGCCAACAGCAACACAGCACGGGAAGCUGACACAGGUUGAACCAGAGAAUGGAGUCACCGUAAUCUUCCAUGUCAUGUUAGCGUCUGACUUAAAUAUGGAAGAAGAACAUAUGCAUAUUCAAGCAGAAGGAGAAGAUUUGGGAGACUUUAAGACAACCUGUGUUGACAUGAAAUUAGUAAGGGGUGACAAAGGCAAAGAGAAAACGAAGCUUAAGCUCUUCCAAGGACAGAUCACUCUCACCAUUCACCGAGCCUGGAAGGGAACCAAGUACAAGUAUGUGAUAAUCAAGAAAAAGGUUGUUCUAUGGGAAGAACUGAUAGAGUUUAAAUCACGUUAUGAUGGAACUAUAGUCGAUCGAUUUCUCUCUAUACCAGACAAAUACCUGAAACAUGGCGCAACAUGGCACCAGUUCGACGGAGUAAGUUACAUUUACACCGAGAAGGACUGGUGGAACUCAUUUAAAGGAUGGUUUUGGUCUGAACAAACGGCGAAAAAUCGCACAGCUGCACUUCUAGCCUACUUACCAAAGUGGAAAGGCUUUAUUGUUGGUAAGUGCGAGGUAAAAAUGAAGGCAACAGAAGCAAUUGUGGAGUUGGAUAAAGUUGUAAACUGCCUUACCAACGUUUGGAUUCAGUUUUCACGCAGAAAACCUGAGAGAAGGAAGCCACCAGAUUUCAAUAUUGACAAGAUUUUAGUGGACUACUUGGAGCCAAAAAUGAAGGAAAAUGCCGCUAUAACAGCCCAGAGUGACGUACGAGUAGAAGCUCGAGCUUCAGCACUGGUGUCAUCCUUAGCGAUCGUUGUGAUCUGCAAGAAGUACAAGAUAGCGCUUCAGAGGGAACUUCUGUUGCCACUUUUGAGAUGUUUGUCGCUUACAGCAGAUCCAGCAAGGCAAAAAUGCACGAUUUACGAAGCAGUUCUGGAAAAUUUCAGUGAAGAACUGAGAGAACUCGCUGCUGAAGGGAUCGAGGAACUAUGUAAUCAAAUUAUGGCGGAAUAUUGGAGAUCAGAAGCCGACGCGUGGCUAUUUGCUGUACCACUAUUACAUUUCUUGAGAGGAGAUUCUAUGCCAUUUGAAGAACCUGGUAUUGAAGGAUCGUACCACAGACUUGAUUGGGUCGGAGCUCAGGGACUGGAAAUAGAAAAAUUUCGAAGAUCAGUUAGAAACUUAAAUUUGCCAGAACUAUUGUCCAGACUUGGUUCAGCUUUUGAGGUCGAUCUUCUGCUAAAAAGGACAUUUCUCCACGCCAUUCCUCCUGAGGAUCUAAACAAGGUUGUUGCUUCAAAAUUGUUCCAAAUUUUCGACAUAUUGGCAGCCCUAGUAACAUACUGUUCCCGUGAAUACGUACCAUCAGCCAAGUGGGCAGAUGUUUUUCAGUGUGUAAAACUGAUGAUUAUUCGAUAUAACUGGGAAAAAGAAUCAAGUUGCACUGACCUUAAAGAGGUUGAGUUUACAGUUUCAUUGUGUCUAAAACUGGUUGAAGUCUUUCUAAAAAAGCUGAACAUUUGGGAUCACGUGGAUCUGAUUUGCCAUACGAUCAAGCUGCUUUUUACAUGUAUUAGAAAGCAGCGACGGGAAUUUGAAGAGAAGCCUGACCAAGAAAAGAGCCAGUUAAACGAGAGAAUAACUAUUGACAGGCUACUAAGGAGUCUGAGAGACAGCUUGUCACGUGAUCUCUCUUAUACCAUGCCUUACCAUCACAAGAGUGAACAUCUAGCCAAAGAACUUUCGUUAUGGAGCGAGUUCCUAUGGGUUACGGAUGGAAAUCAAGGAUUUACUGCUUACAGGACGUUUUUGAUAAAUGAGCUGCUGAGUCGAGCAAGAAAGUUGAAGGGAGUGUAUUUGGUUGAAAUUUUUUGUGAAGUAGAUAUGGGUCCAUAUGAAGGAGCUGUUGGAGAAUCUUUUUCUAACCUUGCCUUUGAAGCAGUGGAAAAGAUAAUGAGCUCAGCAAGAGGCGGAGACGACAUACGUAUUUUUAACCACCUGUCAAAUUCAACAGCAGGAAAAUCCGGCCAGCUUUUGUCCACGUUUCUGACAAAGUCAUGGCCAAAAGUUGGAGAACAAUUAGACUCGCGUGACUUGGACCCUCUAAGGGUGGAAUUUCUUCUCACCUGGAAGCCAAUGACUGGAUACCUCAAGUUCACGAGCAGUCCUGAAAUUUUGGGAGAUGAGUCUGGAAGGGGUGGUAUACUUUCGGAUGAUUGUAAGGAGACCUUGUUUUUGGCCAAAUCCUUACUGGAAGCUCUCGUGAGAGUCAUAUCAGAUGGCUCAGUAACAUUUCAAGUGUUGCUCCUUCUUCAAAGGCACAAGGAAACGUUUUUGGAACUCUUAAAGACAAGUGCAGCAGAGAUCAAAGAUGUUGAACUUAGCCUGGCUCACCGAUUAGAAGAAAUCCAGGAAUUUUUUGAAGUGAAAGAAAAUUUGGGCAAAUUUAUUGGAAUGUGUGAUGUGAUUCAGCCAGUCGAUUCAACCAACCUCAAGAUUAAAGUGCUUCAGGAUGUUUCAUCUUUCCAGAUUCGAGGGUUGUGCAAACGGGAAACCGACAACCAAGUCGAAGUCACCUUCUUUAUACUUCCUCUGGCCCUAAAGGAGGUACUUUCCACUCUUGGAAGAGUUCAAAAAAGCUUAACUUUCCAAGCUCUUUGGAAAAAAUAUGGGAAUAAGGCACAAAGAGCCAGGGAAAAUGAUGAUACACGAAAACGACAGCUCAGUGUUUGUGGUGUUGUUGAAAAUGUUUGGAAACCAGCUUUUACAAGUUGGACCCAAAUUGGUGCUAGUGUCAAGGAUGGCACAAUUUCUCUUGGAGAUGUAGACAAGCUCUUUGACAGCUACAAAAACCGCAAAACGGAACUUGAUGGAGAGUUAUCCUGCAUGUUCGAAGUGAACACCGGCCAAACUGUCAGCAACGCUGGAGAGCUAAAGAAAACUUUUAGAGAGCGACUCGCUCAAAUUGAAAGUUACCAACAUCUUCAUCAGUACUCCAGUGCAGCUGACACCGUUUGGGAGUUUAAAGAAGCUAUGGGUUUUACCGGGGACUUCAAAGUUAUCGAAGAUCUACGUAAUCAGCUAUCAGAAGAAUUCAAGCAGAAGCCCUUAACCAGCGUCGGGGAAAGCUUUUCAAAGACCGGUCAAGCUCUUCAAUGUUUGGAUGUUGAUAAGGCUCGGUGCUUCAAGGCAGUGGUAGACAGUAGACGGCUGGUGGAUUGGCUACGUUCUACCAUCAAAUCCACCCAAGAGCUAAAGGUUCUUGUUGACCUGGCCUUGAUCUCUGCUGGUGAAAGCGAUAUGGAAACUGAUCGUAUAUCCAGUCUAUAUACCAGCUGCCUGGGUUUUGCUCCUCUGAUAUUUGACAUUAAAGAGAGUGAAGAACAAAGAGUGAGCUUUGAUCAACUGAUGAACACCUGUGAUCCUCUAUGGAAAGCAGUCGAGACGGAUCAGAUGUUACCGGAAAAACUGUACGACACUAGCAGACAUCUGGAGUGGUUAAAAACUGUUAAAGAGUCUCAUGGCUCGGUUGCUAUGACGUCAUUAGUGCAAGCUAAGACGAUCAACUCCAGUGGUGUAUAUCUUGUGGGCCAUUUGGAUGACGAAAAGGGUCUCUCACCAGAACAAGGGAAACGAUUGUCAUUCAAAGAUGUGAUCCGACUGACGGUUCCCCUUAAAGAUGGAGGUGAAAAGGAGCAGAGGAAAACUUACUCUAUUGACGAACUGAAGGAUUUGCAGAGUAAACUGAUGUUGAUCGCAGGAAAGGCUGAAAAAGGGAAAGAUGACGUGGAGCAGUUCGUUAGGAAUCUUGAAAGUGUCAUGCGUUUAGCGACUGCAUACAUCGACCUCUUUGAGUCUGGUUACAUUCAUCGUAUGAAUUGGAGCCAAAAAUAUCACUGUAGCGAGUCUAUCGCGAAGGAAGUGAAUAAGGAAAGUUCCUUCAUGGAAACGUGUUACAAGAAUUGGAAGAAGAAGGUCAGUUACGCCAGGAAGGAGUAUAGAGAAUUGAACUUCUUCACCACGCAGCAAUUGAUGACACUGAGGAAAGAAAUCGCCACAGUUUGCCACAGCAACGACCUCGCUAUGAGCAACAUUCAAGUGCUCUCUUUGCUGGAAAGUGUUCGUCCCAGUUUGACCAGCGAACAGUUAAAAUCAGCAAUAGAGCGUGCUUUUAAGGCCACAAAACUAUUGGAGAACGCCAGAGGAACGGCGGAGCUGCCUUUGUUCACUCACGUUCCUUCAGACAACGAAAUGAUGACUCGCAGGUCAAUGUUUGACAACAAGAACUUCAUAGGCACGAGUUUCUCAACAGCAAUCAGUACGUGUCUAGUACAAACUGCAUCUAUCAAGAAACCGAAGCCAAAUGAAACAUCGAAGAUUCAAAGUUUCUUGAAUGCAGCUGCCGAUGAUGGUUAUUCGGAGCAGAUCGCGUUGGCUGCUUUGGCGAGUCUAGGUGUUGAUGCAGAAGAAGAUGACUUACUUUUGUGGUGUCUAGAAAAAGCCAACGAGGCGGACAUCGAGGCUCUUUACGAAGAUGCGAAGCAGAAUCCCAUGAUUGCCCGGGAAAUCUCCUCCUCAGAGGAGGAGUCUAUUGAUCAGGAUGUGCCAGCCGAGGAUUUCGGUGAAAACGUAACCGACUCAGACCUGGUAUUGGAGAUGUCGUCCACGCCUGCUGAAACCAUUUUUGCAGAGCAAGCGGUUAGCAAAGACGAAGAUAACGAAACAGAGAUCAGUCAAUAUCUUACACUCACUCAGCUUGGAAGCAUAUUAAGAGAACUUUCAGUGUUAGGAAUUGGAGCGACACCUCGCACCUUUCCAGCAUUCUUAAAAAGGGGAAGACCCAACCUCAUGCUUGUUCCUGAAGAUGACAUCCUUGCUACAGUCCUCGCCCUUUAUAUGCAUGACAAAAAGCAGCCUUUGCCAAGCCAUGCAGAGGUGCUCCUUUGCACUCCUUACACCACCACGGAAGAGAUCGAGUUGCUAUGGAGACGUGCAAUAGGGGACAAGGAGGGCCGCUUUUAUUGUCUCGCACACGCAGAUGUGUUGGAUUUUUCAGUCAGUAAACAAGCAGUGGAAAUGCUUGGUGCAGUGACACGGGGACUUGCUGGCAAGGCUGGAGAACAUUAUGGCCUGGUGGUAAUCUGCAGUAGCGAGAAUGAAGAUCGUGCCAACGUAGUAGCAGCUCUUGAUCAGUAUCGUGUUGCUGCUCCACCAUGUCCUUCGCCAGAUGACCUGAAAAGUUACCUCAAGCAUAAGUUCCAAGCACCUCCUUCUCAUUACGGUUACAUCAGUGGUAGUAAGAUUACUUGGACAACAGCUGGAUCCUUAGACCCAGAAAAACUCUCCGUUCGAGUUGUCUCAUCACAUCGAGGAGGUUUGGGAAAGACUCUGUUUAUUCGACGCCUAACAGAACAGCUGCCUAACCUCGUAAACAACGACAUGGUUAUGACAAAUUUGCGAGGACGAGACUCAAAAACAUUCUUGCACGUGACCGUACCUCUUCAUGGAAACUCCACAGACUCGUCGAUGCUUGUUGAUGCACUUCUUCCCCAUGCAGUGAAGGCAAAUGUACCGCUGUCCCGUAUAUUCCAUCUGGACGUGUCACCUUCGAUGAGACAUGGUCUGGACACCCUUAUUUUCAACCUCCUUGUCCUUGGCUAUCUUUGUGACAAGAUGGGGAGAGUGUGGAGGAGACGAAACACAGACUUGUACAUCAUUGAGAUUACGACCGAUGCUCCCCUACCCAUGGGUCUCACUAGGGAGGAAGAAGCUCAAAGUCAACAGAGACAAUCUGGAAAAUCCACAAUGUCUAAGCGGCCAUUUUAUGACCUGCUACCAACUAUUGAGUGUCAAACUCCAAGAAUUGUUCUCAGCCGUUUAGCAGAUACUCCAGAUAAACAGGACUGUAAUCCCCUGUUUGACGUCACAGAGUUUCGAAACGCACCGUUCCAGAGGGUUUAUCAAUAUCUGAAACUAUUAAAUGAAGAAAGAACUGUUGACAAUUUUACGUUUUCGCCAGGAAAUGUGGAUGAAGAUCAAAGUACAUGCCUCAUGCUCCUUCUUAGAAAUUGUGGUAUUCCUGAUCCCUCGUGGUCAGAGAUUCGUCAUUUUGUGAGUUUCUUGAACUCGCAGCUCCAAGACUGUGAAGAGAGUUUUUAUUGUGACAUGCAGCUGAUGAGGGCUGUUUUAGCAGGACCUGAUGUCCUGAAUCUUGAAGGCUUCCGCUCCUUUGUUGUGCGCUUUAUGAUACAAAUGUCAAGGGAUUUUGCUACUCCAUCUUUGACAGAAGAGAACACUGUAUUCUGUACAGAGGACAACGCAGAGCUUGAACGAAAAGAGACCGAACAGCUUCAACUUAGAAGACGCUGGGAAAGCAGUCCUCAUCCUUACUUGUUCUUCAACCAAGACCACAUAACUAUGACGUUUCUUGGUUUCUUCAUCAAUUCCGCUGGCGACCUUGUUGACCCACAAACAAGUCAAACUUUGGAGGAAGGUUUAAUGUCCCAACCACUGCGAAAUGGUCUGCAGGCCCAAGGUGUCGAUUUUGCAACAAACAUAGAGACCUCCAAAAAAGAGGACAAGAUAAAUCAGUUAUGUGCUGUGAUGGGGGUAAACUGGUUGUACGAUCCAGACAUAGCCUAUGAAUUAACUACAGACAAUGUCAAGAAGAUUCUGGCUAUCCACAUGAGAUUCAGAUGCAACAUCCCUGUGAUCGUGAUGGGUGAGACUGGUUGUGGUAAGACCCGUCUCAUUCGAUACAUGUGUGGCCUACAAGCAGGGCCUGAAGGACCCCGAAACAUGCUUCUCGUUAAGGUUCAUGGUGGUACAACAUAUGAAGAUAUCAAGCUCAAAGUUCACCAAGCAGAAGAAAUGGCCCGCGCAAAUCAAGAUAAGAAUAGUGACACAGUUUUAUUCUUUGACGAAGCCAACACUACAGAGGCACUGACCAUGAUUAAGGAAGUUAUGGUGGACCGUAGAAUCAAUGGUCGGCCUAUUAGUCAAGGGCUAGAAAGGCUGCAGUUUAUCGCUGCCUGUAAUCCUUACAGAAGGCACACAGAUGACAUGAUCCACAAGCUCGAGUCAGCUGGUCUUGGAUAUUACGUGAGAGCAGAUGAAUCAGAAGAUCGGCUGGGUCAUAUCCCAUUACGACAUCUUGUCUACCGUGUACACGCCCUCCCAGGGAGCAUGCGCCCGUUGAUAUGGGAUUUUGGUCAGCUGAAACCAGAUGUAGAGAGACUGUAUACUAACCAGAUUGUCAGCCGUUACAUUCUUCACGGAGGACAACUAGUAGGAGACCCUUCUACAGUAGAAGCAGUCACUGAGGUUCUGGCAGCCUCGCAAAAAUAUAUGAGAGAUCAAUCGGAUGAGUGCAGCUUUGUUAGUCUUCGUGAUGUCGAGAGAGCCAUGCAAGUGAUGGUCUGGUUCUAUAAGCACGUGGAUACACUCGGUAGACUUAUGAAAAAGGUGACCGCUGAGCAACGAAGGGAGGAAGGUUUAGAUGUUGAUGAAGAUGAUGAGGAGGAAGAGAUGGAUUCAAUCUCUCCUCUUACCCGUGCCCUGGUACUCGCCAUAGGUGUCUGUUAUCAUGCCAAGCUUCAGGAGCGGCGUGAAGAAUAUCGCACUGUCGUGGCACGCAGCUUUAAGGCGCCAUGUCUGCUUCCAGGUGGGGAGAAGCAGAUACACCGUGAGAUUUCAAGUUGUCAAAAAGCUGUGCUGAACGAGUUGGAUCUCGGCCCCAACAUUGCUCGCAACGCAGCCUUGAGCGAAAAUGUGUUUAUGAUGGUGGUGUGCAUUGAGCUCAGGAUCCCACUAUUUGUGGUUGGAAAACCUGGCAGCUCAAAAUCUUUGGCAAAGACGGUUGUUGCUGAUAACAUGCAAGGUGAUGCUGCAAGAUCGCUACUAUUCAAGACCUUCAAGCAGGUUCACAUGGCAUCAUAUCAGUGCAGUCCCCUAUCAACCCCUGAGGGUAUCGUGGCGACUUUCAAGCAGUGUAGCAAGUUACAGGAAGGAAAAAAUCCAGACAAGUUUGUUUCAGUUGUAGUCCUUGAUGAGGUUGGUCUGGCAGAAGACUCUCCUCUCAUGCCUCUUAAAACUUUGCAUCCAUUGCUCGAGGAUGGUGUAACGACUGCUGAUGACGUCAUCGAGACUGACGAGAAACCGCAGCGCAUAGCUUUCAUUGGAAUCUCAAAUUGGGCCCUGGAUCCCGCCAAAAUGAACCGUGGAAUCAUGCUGUCGCGUGGGGUUCCAAGCGAGGGAGAACUCAUAGACAGUGCUAUGGGAAUUUGCUCCACGGAUGAAGUGGUGAAAGCUCUUAUCCUGCCUCUCAUUUCUCCACUGGCCGCUGGAUAUGCACAACUUUACCAGGAACAGAAACAUUUUGCAACGUUAAAAAAAUGUGGCAAAGAAGAAUUUUUCGGUCUUCGUGACUUUUACAGCCUCAUUAAGAUGGUGUACGCAAUCGCUGCAAAAUCUCAACAGAGACCUCGCUGGCAUGAACUACAACACGCUAUCAAGAGGAACUUUGGUGGCCUGAUUGAAGGAGACCCUGUAGAGAUAUUCAAACGCUACUUUACCGAAAAAGAAGAUGACUACGUAGCCGAAACCACAACAAUAAGAUUGAUCGAGGCAAGUCUUGGAAGGGAAGACGUAGCAGAUAGAGCCAAUUUUAGUGAAAACCGUUACCUUCUGAUUCUGACUGAAAAUUACGCCGCCCUACCCAUCAUGCAGCAGCUUCUUUUGAGAACAGCAGAUAAUGCAGUUGUCAUCUUUGGAAGUAGUUUUCCUAAUGACCAGGAAUACACUCAGAUUUGUCGCAACAUCAAUCGCAUCAAGGUUUGUAUGGAGACAGGAAGAACAGUGAUCUUAUUGAACCUUGAAAGUCUCUACGAGAGUCUAUACGACGCCCUAAAUCAGUAUUAUGUGUACUUUGGAGGACAAAAGUAUGUGGAUCUUGGGCUUGGUACUCACCGCGUCAAAUGUCGUGUUGAUGAUGGCUUCAAAUUAAUCGUGAUUGCUGAAAAGGAAGUGGUGUACAACAACUUUCCUAUUCCGUUGAUCAACCGCCUGGAGAAACACUUCCUUGUGACCUUAACAAGUUUGACUACUGACCAGAAGGACUUAGUACAGAAAAUGGGGACCUGGGCUGGUGAAUUUGCUGAGGUUUCGAGUGAAGGCAGACGUGGCAGGGACUUCUCCAUCGGAGACGCUUUUGUUGGAUUUCACGAGGAUACCAUUCCCUCAAUUGUCAUGCAAGUCUGCAAUGAAAUUGGAGGAGAAGACCACUCAUCGGCAGGUUACGACACAGAAGAUACAUGGGAAAUGAAAGUACUUCGAAGAUCUAAGAUGAUGCUUUUAGAGAUGGCUACACCAGAUGCAAUUGCUCGCCUUCCUCACACUGCUUUGGAAAGAGGAGCCCCUGAUAUCUGGAGGGCCUACUUUAAAAAGCAACAGCACUCAAGUUUGGCGACGUUCAUGUCGCACGUGCUCAAUUUAGAGGAUAGACGUUUUGAUGAAAAGCGACAGGAGGGGCUCUUGAUUCAAAUUACUACUCAUUCACGUCUGCUUUCUAAAAACGAUUUGAAAGAUAUAUGCAAUCAAACUGGCUUUGAACGAUCGACUGUGGAUUCCAUAACACUUCAACAGUUUCAAACGGAACAACAGUUUAGGGCUUCAGUUAGAACAUUUAUUGAAGACCUUGGUGGAGAAUGUCGUGGUAUUCUUCUGGUUCAGUGUGAUUCAGGAGAAGAAAACUUCAACCUGAUUGCGGGUGCAAGACACAUUCUGAUGGAAGAACGAAAAAACGCGUCUGAAAUGCUCAACUUGUCUUCGUUGGAAGCUGUCCAUAUUGUGCUGAUCACACAGCUGCCAAGAAUUGCUGGUGGAUGUUGUAACUUUGUCGGUUUCCAGGGUGGAAAAUGGAUGUCCGUUCACAUUGAUGAACUUCGUCCACCCGGUAGGCACACUCCUUCCAUCGAGCAACUCAUCGAUCGUCCCAUUAGUGAGCUUUUUAAUGGAGACCCCACUGAGGAAGAUGAAUCCAUGCCAGCAGUGACGGUGGCAGUGAAGCUCCUUCGUAAUUGUGUACAAGCGGCUGCUUGUAGGGUUGAUAGCGAAACGGAAUCAGCUGAACGGUCAACUCAUAGGAUUGAGCUGCUUUUGGAUUUACUACCUGAUGACUAUCAAACUCAAGAGGAUGAAGAGUCGUUUGCAAGCGUUGCAGUACAAAGAACAUACCACCUCUUAAAGGAAAGGGAGCAAACAGCGGGAAAUCCACAAAGGUGGCUCCAAUCAGAAGCUCUGUCAGGAACAGGGGUGCAAGAGUGGGGCACCUUCAGAAAGGCUCUUCUACAGCGAGUGUUCUCAGUUGUGGUUCCUAUUUUGGCUGAGAUCAUUGCAUUGGCAGACAGAGACGGCAAUUUAGAUUUGUUGAAGAAUGACAACACGUGGGUUCCGAGGCUGUGGCUGAAGAUCUUGGCCGACCGUAACAUCUCAGAGCUGAGUUACAGUGACAUGAUAUCACCCGCUACUAAUGCUGUUCGAGAACGUGUUCAAGUUAUUGGCUCUGGGGCCGGUGGUCAUCAUUUUUCUCGCCGAUUUCCAUUUUCUUUUAUUAUCAAGCAACGCGUGGAAAAAUUGUUAAAAGAUGCAUCUAGCGUCGAAGCUCAUUCUAGCGCCACUCUGUUAGACUCUCUUCGUGAACUGAUUGGUAACUCGCAGUUGGGGCCCCCACUCGCUGAACUGCGCCGUCUGCACUCCGCGGAACUGCAGUAUCUGAUGGAUUUUGUACACAUGGUGUACAAGCCUUUCAGCGAUAUGGAGCACGAGCUUGUUUACGAAGCGAUUCUUUCGUCAGCGAGAGAAAUUGUUAUCCUGGAAGAUGAGGAUGGUAACGAGUCCAUUGAUAUAGCACUCGUUCAUGUUGCGCAUAGUAGAGUUCAACACCGUUUGAAGUGUUUUGAUACAGUCGUGAAAGCGAAUCCUCAUCUGGUACCAAGACUACGGGAAGCUCUUCAAGGAAACGAGCCAGAAGUGCUUUUGGACGUCAUGGCAUUGACCAUUUGUCUUGAGACACUGGAGCCUUCACAAGAGAUGUUACUUUCUCCGGAGACACGACGAACAUGGUGGUCUCAAUCUUCGACAAAUGAAGAGACCGCCUCUGAGUUACGUCGCCGAUGUAAUGCCUUUUUCAUGGAGCUGGUGUCAGUAUUCUGUUUUGGUGACUCAGUGUCAAAGGACCUUGAAAAGGAAACUAUCACUCUACUUAUGCGUUAUGUUAUCGGUCAUCAGUCAACUCAGACCAAGGAUUUCUCUCCAUUCCCUGAUUAUGCUAUUGAUCCCACUCCUGUAGUGCGUUCUUUUCUUCUUCAGCAGCUAUUGCGGUCAAGUGUGAAGUUGACAAAGUUGGUGAAAGACCAUUUGGGAAAUUUCUUGCAUGGGGCUCGGAGCUUAAAACCAGAAUCUUCGCACGUCAAAGAAGUCUGCGUCUUAUGCGUCCAGUGUAUGGAGGACAUCCUUAUCAGCCGUUAUCAAGCAAAAAUGGCCGAUUUGCAGAUAACAUUAAAGCUCAAACAUGCUAAAAAGACUUGCGAGGAGUCGUUUACAGCUCUUAAAGCCAGUGACGAAGAUUCUGCUGAAAUUAGCGCUCUCUCUCUGGAUUGGGUUGCUAAAGGACGUUACGUCUUAUCAUUGGUGGUAGAGUACAUUUACAAUUUUUUCAUUGAGGGAGAUAGCAGCUACAAAGACCUUGACGCCAAGAGCGAAGUAAUGUUAUUAUUAGAGUCUGCAAGGAAGCUUUGCAUGGAAGUGUCGAGUUCCACACCACAGCAAGUGUCGAGUUCCACACCGUGGCUCUACCUGCUUAAUCAGCUUGUCAGGCGGUAUGGCUUGGACUGUGUCCGAACUCUGGGUGAAUAUGAGGAACUAGCGUGGAUUCUACCUCCAGAGGCCAUACAGCAGGAGGAGGAUGUAAUCCAAGACAGGUUUAUUGUUCAUGGAGACCGUUAUCUUGCCGUCCGUGAGGGGCUGGCCAAAACUGUCAUCACUGGGAACAUCCAAGACAUUGUCACUGCCAUUACGGAAACAAGAUUACAAGAUGUCUAUAAAAAUGUAAUUCUCCUCCUGGUGAUAUACCGUGAAAUAACGAUGGCAAAUAUUUCUCCAAUUCAGACUCAGAAUUUGUCUCAGGAGGUGAGAGUAAAGCUUGACGAUUUCGUAAGAAAUGGAGGACACCUGAAUGAAACGGCGCAACAUUUGGCCAAGGCACUUCUUGAAAACAAACAAGGUGGAAAUCUCAGGGAACUUCAAAUCUACAAUGGAAAGAGUCCGCAGGAGCACGCCUCGGCCGAAAUUGUGAUCCAUACAGUAGCAGCUUUGCAGUGCGUUGGUGCAGCAUCUUUGGCUCAGCCCCUCUAUGCUCUCCUGACUGAUCCUUCGACUAUGAAGAAUUCUUUCUUACCAACAAUGCCCGAGGAUAACUAUGUCGAGUGCAUGAAGGCCAUGGCUGAAACUUUGAAACACACUAAAUGGGUUGGAGAGUGGUAUGAGUGUGUCAAUUGCAGAUAUGUAUAUUUCAUCGGGGAGUGUAAAGUACCAAUGGAGCAGGGCACUUGUCCAGAUUGUGGAAAAUUACUGGGAGGGAAGGAGCACAAGUUCUUUGGAGAAUACAGAGUUUCCGAGAAGAAAGACAGGACCAAAGCUGGCCAUGUACUCGGAGAACCUAGCUCGAGACUUACGAACGCAGAACCUCAAAGAGACAUGCCGCCGAUAGUGUGCAGUUUGCUGAGGAUUAUCGUGCACUCGGCCAUGGUCAUAGGAGCAUCCAGAAAUCCACAGGCAACCGCACAGCUGAUCACACCUUCAUGCUCGUCGCAGUCUGUGGGACAGUUUUUAUGGCAGCACUUGCAGAGAGACCUGGAUGUUCUUAGUAGAGCACUCAGGUGCAGUGUUGAUGACGCAGCUCUGACAGUUCAUCUAGCAUUACAGCGGAUGAUCUCGCUAAAUGGGGGAAAAACUGGAAAUGACCAUGACAUGCUUCUUCAAACUCAGGAAAGUCGCCGCAGCUGGGAGAAAGCUUUUUGCUCUGAUAUUCUUGUUCCUGUCAUCACCCAUCUUGACGAGAAUCUCCAAAACGCCUCAAGACUUUUGAUGGGAGACGGGAGAUUUGGAAAGGAUCCGCUGGUACGUCAACUUUACGAGUUCGAUGAACAGAUUAAAGACUUAUCUCAGGGCGUUAGGCCCAUGUCUCGCGUUCUUUGGAAGUACAGACACCGUAUAACUGUUGAGCAACUGAGUAGCUCUUUUCAAAGAGAAGUCCUUUCUGGUGGCGGAGGGAAAUUCAAAGUGUUGGAAGCUUUCCUCAAACAGGAACACAAGUUGCGUUUCGUUCAGUUUCUUCCCGAUGUUGUUCGCCUCCAGCGUCUAUUAAUGGACAGAUUCCACCGACGAAUUGACAGAACAGAUGCUGAGAAUUAUACCGUCCGUGAAUUUCUCAAGGACCUUCCCAAAGGAUCUGUGAAAGAGGAGUAUACGAACCUUUUCCAGAGUUUCAAGAAUGCAUGGAAUGCUUGCAAGUCAUUUCUCGGUGAUCAUCCCUUGGAGCGUGUCUCCGUAUCAGAGGUGACCUUGUCGCACUUAAUAGCCUAUGAUCCUGACAGAGACCUGCUGCCCCUCAUCCUGGCUCAUUGUAACUACUCUCUGGAGGUGGGACGGGAGACCUUGGUUCAUUAUGAUUGGGCGGCUCUGGAGAGACAGCUGAUAGACAGGUUGUUGUGGGGAAGGCCUUUUGUAGAGUUCAAGGAGGAACGUUUUGCGUUCAGCCGAGACACCCGAGAUGACGCAGUUUUCACUUCCCUAGCUGGAAAAAUUCCUCAGGAAUCAAUUUCCCGCGUAGUCGAAAGUCAGAUUAUUAAUGAUCUGCGGUCUUCCUUGUCUGAUGUCUGUGAUGUUAUAUCGUCACUGGAUAUUGCCAUUGGUUUUCUUGCCUCAUCGGGUGGCCAGCCGGAGAGGCCUUUAAAAUGGUACAUACAUGAGGUACUUAAGCUACCCAAAGAUCGAGGUCUCAAGAGUGCAACGGCAGAGCAGCAUUGCAGUUUGUCCCAUACCCUGGCGUUGUGGCGGCUUAUGGCUCUCGAGAGAGCAAAAAUCAAGUCUAGGAACAAACAGGAGCCUUUUGAACAAUUAUCCGACGUUUUCAAGGAAAAACUUGGCUCAGGAGAAAAGGCCAACCUGAAUCGCGAGUUGCGAAAAAUCGAUAUGGACAUAUUUCUGCCGCAGCUGCUGCAGAUUAUUCUUCUAAAUGUGAAAAAAGAUGGCGAAACGAUUUCGACGAUGAUCUUUGAAGAUUACUUGGAAUGUUGUUUAGCCGACAAAGGCUUGGAACCGAUCCCAGGAACAGAGAACAUUCCGGACAGCGUCAAAGUGGCGCACCUAAAGGACGUUUGGAACUCCGCUGUCCAGCUAAAUGACGACUUCCACAAAGCUCGUCAAGCAUUUCCAUCUUCUCCUUAAUUUGAAAAUGUUGGCAUGUAGUAAAUACUGCCAUUUUUGUGGCUACUUUAAGGUAUUUCGUUGUUGUAGUUAAUUAAUAGGGCCAGCCAGUUUCUUUUGCCACGUAUAUUUACCUUUGAUUUAUUUAGAAUUUUAGAAGAAAUUCUUCUCGAUGUCUCCCUCUGCAAAAAUAGUAGAAAAAGCAGGAGCUUUUAUGUAUAAGAAAACUAAAGCAGAAUGGUAUUAUUAAUUAAUUUUUUAUAAUUUUUUCUUAUACGCUCUAAAGGUAACUCAAAAUGCCACAGCUGAGAAUGAUAUUAGCAUGGCGUGUAAGUUUGAACCGCACUUUCAAUUAAUGUUAAGUUAGUAUAGAAAGUAUCUCUUUCAUUAAACUGUUGCAUAAAUUU